GAGACACUGACUUUUAUUUUGAAACGAUACGUUAGCGUAGGAUGCGACGCAGGAAGAUCCGCAUUACGGUGCUGCCGAAGUGUUGUCAUAACACAGAAGUGGCUAACGCUAAUGUUUGCUAAGUAAUUAGCACGGCAGGUGUUAUUGUUAUUGUGUGUGCGGGUUCCAGCCUGAACCAUGGAACAGUGUGCAUGUGUGGAGCGGGAGCUGGAGAAGGUGCUCCAUCGCUUUGUAAUGUACGGCCACCAGUCUGAGGAGAGGCUAGAUGAACUCCUGCGCAGCGUCUGUGAGAUACGAGGACAGCUAGUUGCUUUUGGAGUACAAGAUGCAGAUUUAUCGGUCCUAUCACAGACUAUGGCGCAGUGUUGUAAAAAUAUCAAAGAAACAGUGCAGAUGCUAGCCUCUCGACACAAGGACAUCCACGGCAGUGUGUCUAAAGUUGGCAAAGCCAUCGACAGGAAUUUCGAUGCAGAGAUCAGUGCUGUUGUGGCAGAGACCGUGUGGGACUCCCCAGAGAGACAGAAAUACCUGAGUGAAUCCAUUGUGGAACACCUUUACAGACAAGGGAUGCUUAGUGUAGCAGAAGACCUUUGUCAGGAGUCUGGUGUAGUUAUAGACAUGAGCAUGAAGCAGCCUUUCCUGGAGCUAAACAGGAUCCUUGAAGCUCUGAGGAUGCAGGACCUUAGGCCAGCACUAGAGUGGGCUGUGACGAAUCGGCAGCGUCUUCUGGACCUGAACAGCAGUUUAGAGUUCAAGUUGCACCGCUUGUACUUCAUCAGCUUGCUCAGUGGAGGAAUCAGCAACCAAAUGGAGGCCUUGCAGUAUGCCAGGCACUUCCAGCCCUUUGCUUCACAGCACCAGAGAGACAUCCAGAUUCUGAUGGGCAGCUUGGUGUACCUGCGUCAUGGCAUUGAAAACUCACCGUACCGCAGCUUGCUGGAGACAAAUCAGUGGGCUGAGAUCUGCAACAUCUUCACCCGGGAUGCCUGCGCUUUGCUGGGCCUCUCUGUAGAAUCGCCACUAAGUGUUAGUUUUGCAUCUGGAUGUAUGGCCUUGCCUGUGCUGAUGAACAUCAAGCAGGUGAUAGAGCAGAGACAGUGCAGUGGAGUGUGGACACACAAAGACGAGCUGCCUAUUGAAAUUGACCUCGGGAAGAAGUGCUGGUACCACUCUGUGUUCGCCUGCCCAAUUCUUCGACAGCAAACGUCAGAGAGCAAUCCUCCCAUGAAGCUCAUCUGUGGACACGUCAUCUCCAGAGAUGCUCUCAACAAACUAACCAAUGCUGGGAAGUUGAAAUGCCCGUACUGCCCCAUGGAGCAGAAUCCGUCACAUGCCAAGCAGAUCUACUUUUGAUACGCUACUCUCUCCUCAUCAAGGAUGAAGUUGCCUGGAGCUGUUUGCGUCUUCAGGACCUUUUGCUCUGACCCUUUUCCUCUGUCCCUGGCCUUCUGGCCUGUUAUGGUAAGCAUUAAGGUUUUUUUCCCCAGUGCUCCUCUGGACUGCCUUGGGCAUCCCGUCACCCACCUCGGACCCUCUAACUUUGCAUAAUAUAAGGAGUCCAGAAAGGGAUGGUCCAUUGACAAACCUGUAGUAGAGUGAGGAGUCAGUCGGUAAUGGGAACAUCCUCACGAAGCAGCACCUAUGAGAAAGGAUCAUCUAUUGGAAGUCAUUUGCAAAUACCUGCAGAGUUAUACGCUUAUCUUUUUCAAGUAUGUAAUACUUGCUAGUGUUUGCUUUCUUGGCUUUAUCAACUUAAUUUGAGUUUGAUGACUGCUUUUUUUUUUUCUUUUUAUUUUGUUGGACAAAAGCAGAAUGAUAAUGAAUGGGUGUAGAGUGUGGGUACAUGGUGUAGAUAAGCAGUUUCUGAUUUCAGGUUGGUAAUAAACUUCCGUUAUACAUGAAA